AUGAUUUCCAUCACUAUCGGCUACGUUUCUGGCAUCAUCGCCGCCGUGAUAUUCAUCCUUCAAUUCCUCCUACCCAAUGCCCUGAUUCUUGUCCUGGUGGGCUACCUCAAGAAUGAACACAGCGCGGUGACCUGGUCGGUGGUGGAGCGCAACCUACUGAGUUCUAUGUGGCCUCUGUUCCUCCGGACAGAUGCAGCUGCGACCCAGGGUGUCGACACCACAAUUCGAUUUAUGACAUGGAUGCGCCCGCUGGCUCUCGGUCUCGUGGCACUCGCCGCGGUCGUGACACCGUUGGGGAUAUACGACGACAUCGUGCCCUCUAAUACGCCGCAGAGCGUUGCUUUCGCCUAUGUACAGGACCCAGGGCCCAUGGGAUACGGCACACCUGGACGCAGUGACCUGGGCUUUACUCGCACUUGCGGGAACCUCCUUCCCCUCCAGUGUCCCGGGACGACCGUCGAAAUCACGUACUUCGAAAACGACACUUAUGCAGAAGCCAACAUCACAAACGAUGACUAUGACGCGAGGAUACCGAGAGUGCUAGCCGAGCUCUAUCAGAGCGGGCUGGAACAGCAGCCGCAGUCUGUCUCGAGCUUCUUCGACAUACAGGCGCGGUAUUACACGUACACAUUCCAGACCGGAGUCGCGCAUGGAGCCAAGUACAUUGCGGGGGCGUUCCGGUACUUGUCAAACAUGGUGCUGAACAACGCGAUAGAACCAGUGGAAGGUCUUGUCGUCGACACAGUUACAGGUGGCAUCGCCUUUCGGAACCAUAGCGUGCCCCAGGGCGUUUCUCUGGGCGCCGAAUGGACCGAGGAUCUGCUGUGGAUUGAGCCGGAGACAGCCUGCGCCGACACGAACAUUUCGGUCGAGUUCAGAAUUCCCUUGGGGAACGGGUUCACCGUCCUUACUGACGUGGCCAACAUCUCACUCGUUGACAACGGCGGCUUCGCGAACCUGGUCCAGGAAUACCCAUACGUCAACGUGACAAAUGCGCAAAAGGACCCGAACUUGGAGGGUCGCGCCUACAAAGCCGCCUGGUUGGUGAACGUGUACACGAUGCUGGUCAUGAACCUUACCCGACCCGGCCCCAAUGCCUUCGGCUACAUGAAGUCGAAGGUUGGCGACCGACACCCAGUCAACAAGUACCAAACGCCGGGCGCCAAGUUGAACGGCAUAUAUGCCACUGACCUGUGGCAGUCGCUUCUUGACCCGGAGGCGUAUAUCUCGAACUACACGCUGGACGACGCACCGAAUACCAAUUACUCGAACCCGUUCGGCCUCAGCUUCAAGAAUUACAGCGAUAUCGCCUUGCUUUGCUCCGGAGCAGGGAGCCGGGAUCUGGCAAACCUGACCAACGUCCAUGUGGAAUGUGGCAUGAUCUACGGAGCGGCGCAGCGCAAAGACGGCUCCAAGUCACUGGUGCUGGAGCCCGAAACGUGGUGGACGCAAAACGUGUACACUUGUGCCACAGCGAUGAGGGCGACCAUCAAAGAGGUCCGAUUCCGCUGGAAUACCACUUCGCUCACGGGGAAUACUCUGAGAUCCUUGACCGUCGUCAACGUCCGCGACAAGGCGUAUCCUGACAAGGAUUCCUUGCCCUUGUGGGGAGUCGAGACGCCGGGUUAUCAGCUACAAGACGUGUCUCAGCUCUGGGGGCUUAUUGCGCCAGACCUGGCCAACUCAGUCAAUCUUUCGACCACACGGGCUCCUCACCUGUAUAUCCCAGGCUACGGGGGUUCGGGGAUCCUCUCCGCGGCCGUCGCCACCAAAGAUAACCUUCCCGCACACGAGGGACUGGCCAGCAUCAUGGGCGGCAUCUUCCAGACUUACAGCAACGGCGACUACGCGGACUACAGCGGAGGGACGAACAUGGCCAUGUACAAGAGAUGGCGAGACUACUCGACCUCUGCCGCGGCGAUGAGCACGAUCCCGAACCUGAUCUGGACCGAUCUGGCCGCGAACAUGCUCGUCGGCACACGCAGCUGGGACUCCGGCAACGACGCAUUACCUGCGAAUCUUCAGAAACGCGAUGUCGCAAACGGCGCAGCUAGUGAGGCUUUGGUCCCCGUGACUGUGUACGAGCGACAGAUCCGGUAUCACUGGCCGUUUGCCAUCCCGGCUCUACUGGCAUUGCUGCUCUUCGUCGUGGUCCUCCUGGCUGCUUUGCUCUCCGUGCUCACCGGGAAAGGAGUGCCCGCACGGGUGCGGCAUCAUCUCUUUCAUUUGUCGGCGGGUCGACUGUUGGGAGAAAUCCACUAUCCUGGGGAGUGCGACAAAUUGGCGCCGACGGAUCAGUGUAUCGCACGUGUCGGAAAGAGACCCUGCGACUUGCGCGCCUAUGUUCAACUUACUAGCGGUGUUGGAGCCGCACCUUCGCCGUUCCUGGGCCGGCACGAUCACGUGGCAGGCGGCGUGGCUAAGGAUGAGAAGGAGAAUGGCAUGCAUGUGGACACGAACGAGCUGCGCCGGGUCGCCUCACCUCUGUCGGAGUCGGAUGCGAUGCUGGGGCGAUCUAGGCAUUAUACGCCGAUUGACGGUCGCGCGAGGGUGGAUGGGCACGAGCAGGAGAGGUGGCCGUCACCAGGUCUCUAG